UGUGACGCAGAGGGUUUCAAGCAGAUUAAGCAGGCAGAGACACCACUCGUCUGGGGCUCUGUCUGAGUGGUUUUUUUUGGUUAGUAGCAGAAAUUGCCCUGCACGUAACCUUGGUCCAGUUGCGCUGGGAAGCCGUGCUGUGUGUUGGGUGUUUGCUGUGCUGUGCUGCAGGAUGUCCUUGCUCUCACCUGGGGACGAAGACGAGCCGGAGCGCUUUGAUGGUCUCUCCCUGCUGUACUGGACAAUUAUGGGCCCUCAUGGAAUCAAUCGAGCUGUUCACCGCAUUUCUUUUUCUGAUUGUCAGAAUGGAUUAGGAGUUAAAAUAAUUGGGGGUUACCGGGCACAAACAGCAGAAGAUUAUGGGAUUUUCAUAAAGAGAAUCCUGCCUGGAGGGGUUGCUGCUUCAGAUAGCCGUUUGCUUACGGGAGAUCUCAUUUUGGAUGUCAAUGGAGAAAACUUAAGUGGAGUAACCAAUGAAAGGGCUGUUGACAUCUUGCGAACAGCUUCUGCAUCUAAUCACAUGUCUCUGCUGGUUGCCAGAGAUGAAGAAGCAAAGAAGGAAUUCCUUGACCUGAUGGAUAAGUACGGCUCUCACAGUGACACCCAUUCUGCAAGAAGUUCUCCAACACAGCUAUUAGCUGGAAAACCUGCGGAUAGCCUUUCUUCUGGAUCAUCCUCAAGGUCACAGAGUCCUCAGUUGCCUCCAGAGGACAUUAUCACCACUGUCAGCAGGAAGAAUUCUGUACCAGCAGCAUCGCCAAAGAUUGCAAAGGAUAGUGCAUUUCAGAUCAUCUCUGUUUGCAAAGGAGCGAGCCUUGGUUUGGAUAUUGUUGGAGGAAUUGACAGAAAUGAAGGGCCUUUGGUAUACAUCCAAGAAAUCAUCCCUGGUGGUGACUGUCAUAAGGAUGGACGACUGCAGCCUGGAGAUCAGCUUGUCUCCAUCAAUAAGGAGUCCAUGAUUGGUGUGUCCCAUGAAGAAGCAAGAAGUAUCAUUGACAGAGCCAGGACCAGGUUUGAAAGUUUUUGCGAGAUAGCUUUUAUAAGACAAAGAAAUGUUCCCAGUUACUCAGAGAAUCUGCAACGUCCCUCCAGUCUUGUACCACCUCCUGCAGUCUUUGUUGGACCGCAGGCUGCAGGCCCCAGGUCUGUGGCAUCUCCUAGCACAAAGCUUGUUUCAGCUCUCCUUCCUAAUGCUAUGGAAACUAGAGUCAAAAUGGAAGAGCAGUCUCCAAUUACUUCUGCAGAGAGCAGUCCUGCUGAUGGAUCUGUUCAUGUCAUUGCCCCCAGUCAGAGCAAUGGUUACAAGCUGCCAGGAAGGAAGGCUUUCUUGAACUCUAAUAUUCGUCUCAAAGCAGAAAAGCUGGAGAAGGCAUUGAAUUAUCUCGGGAUUCAGCCCUCGGCUGAACAGCAGCAAGCCCUAAGGCAGCAACUUCAGAAAGAUUCUAAAGGAACUGUGUCUUUUGGAGAUUUCAUUGAAGUUUCAAGGAAUCUGUUCUCUGUGCAGUCGGAUGCAACAGAUGGUGGCCAAAAGCCUGUGAUGAUUGGGAUUGAUGGAAUUGCCAGUUUGUUAGAUUCACAGUUGGUAACCUGGGAUUCUCUGGAGAAUGAUGUGGAAAAGCUGAAGAAGGAAAGAAAUGAAGCUUUAAAAGAAAUGAGCAAAUUAAAGGAGGAAUUGUCAGAAUCUCUGAAUUUCCAGAAGCAGUUAACAGAGGAGCUGCAAGUGGUCAAGCAGGAAGCCAAGGCAGCUGUAGAGGAGACCAGAGCCCUGCGAAGCAGGAUUCAUCUUGCAGAAGCUGCACAGAGACAGGCGCGCGGGAUGGAGAUGGACUAUGAAGAAGUGAUUCGCCUAUUAGAAGCUGAAAUAGUGGAGCUGAAGGCUCAGCUCUCUGAUCACUGUGGCCAAAAUAAAGAUAACAUCCAAGAUUUGAGAAAGAGGGUGACUGUUCUGGACUGUCAGCUGCGGAAAUCGGAGUCGGCAAGGAAGAGCUUUGAGGUGGCUACUGAAAAACUGCUACAGUUCGUGGAGGUUGUGCACGAAAUGCUCUCGGAAAACUCUCCUUCCUCAGCUGUUCUAAGUGACAGAAGGACAAUGUUGUCUUCUAAAGCACUUCUUGCCCGGCUGGGGAGGAUUGGACCAACUGUUACCACAGCUCUUGCAGCAGAAGCCAGAGACCUUGCCAAGUCUGUCCGUGCCAUUCUGGAAGUGAACUGUCUACCUUAUGGAUGGGAAGAAGCCUAUACAGCAGAUGGAAUCAAGUACUUCAUCAACCACGUGACACAGACAACAUCGUGGAUCCAUCCUGUAACAAGCGCACUGAGCUUGCUCUGCUCUGAGGAUGAUGACGAUGGAAUAAGAGAGACUCCGGGAUCCAAGAGCCACUGAGGGCAUCUGCUGACUGAAAGUAAUUUGUCUGAUUUCUGAACAUUAGAUAGAAGUAGCAAACAAUUUAUUCUAAUGUUCUCUAGUCUAACAUAGUAGUACCCAAUAACACCUCUCCCCAUGAAGUCUGAGGGAGUUCUGCUCUUUAUUUAUCUGGCUUUAUUCUUGGGUGCCUCAAAAGAUGCAGGCACUGCAGAAGUCUCUCUUAGUCCGUAACUUCCCCAGCUGUGUAGGGAUCAGCUGUGUAUCUUAGGACCCGAUUCAUAUGCAAGGUCUGCUUUUUUUUUAAGACCAGCACUAGUGAGUGUAAUGCAGAUGGAUGCCUUUUGUGUAACUACUGAAUGAUCUUAUUUUUAUAGAAGAAAUUUGUGAAUGAGUUUUGCUAACAGAAAUUCGGCAGUUAAAAAUUACAAGUAUUGCAGCCCUGAUUAUUUUUAAGGUCGGGCUUUAGGAAAAUGAAUCUUGGAUAAGUUAUCAAACAAAAAGAAGCAGUUUUGGUAGAGGACACCAUACUUGGUUAACAAUAUGUGGCACGAAAGAAAAUUAUUCUCCUUCUGUACUCUGCUAAAGCGAUACAUACGUGCAUCAAAUACUUCAGUAGAAGCUGUGAAGUUUCAAGUACAAUGAAACCUGUGAAACCACCUCCAGGAUCAGCAGAAAUCAGUCAUCUCCUCAAAAUUGGUCUUCAAGUAGAACAAAAUCAUUUUGUAAACACUUGGUGAUGAUUUAAAGAGGAUGAACAAAAUGAUGGGGUGCUACUGCGAUCUAAAUGAACAGGUUUCACUGCACCUCAAUAGCACAAGAUAUUUUACAUCUCAUUAUUCACGUGAGAUAUGAUGCCAGCUUUACAAAUAUAUGAUUCAAUGCUAUAUUUUUCUAGAGACUUUGUGUAUGUAUUUUAUAUAUAUAUGUAUAUGGUAGGUGUUGACUAAUGAACAUUGAGAGUGAUGAGGAGGGAGAAACUGCUACCAGUAUUCACUGACCACUGAAAAUGACUGAAAUCCAGGGCACAAAACUAUAGCCUUAGAAGUAAUUUGGAUGCUUUAUGACAGAAGCUUUCACUUCAUACUUCCAUGAUAGUCAGAUUGCAUACAGACUUCAGUUUUCCAGUUCUGCUCCAGAGAGGCUGAAUCUCCACUUGACCCUCACAGUCUUGAUUUAUUCUGCUAGUGGCUUUCUGACAGCUAGCUGAGUGUUCUUCACAGGAGAAGCUAUUUAGGGGCAGAGACUAUGGAUCAGGCAGACUUCAUCAGAAGAGGCUUUAUAGAGACCUAGCAGCAAUUUAAAACUGUCCUCGUGUUGGAUCAGCUGGAGGAGGACAGCAGUGUACAUACUGCUUGCCCUUCCUGAAGAGCUGGUAAUGAUCUCUUGCUCUAAGAACGCAGCACACAGCUUGCUGUGCACGAGAGGGGAAGAAAUCAAGGCACGAUGCCGGUGUUCUGCCAGCUCUGCUUACUGUCUCCACCCCCAGAUGAGAACAUUUCAGAAACAUGAAGACCGUUUCUUUUCUCUUAUUAAUUUGCCUAGAAAUUAAAGUCAUUAGAAAUAGAUCUCUACAUCUAUCUAGCUUUUUCUCUGGUAAGCAUUACCUCUUCAGAUAAUCCACUAGUUCAGCUGCUCUGCUGUUGAGGCUACAUUUUCAUACCUACAAUUUCCAAAUGUUCUAAUCUAUUUUUGUAUGCUGGCAUGCUUGUUUCCUAGGAUAUUUCUCUGUAUCUCCCCUUGUCUCUUCCUUUCUGUGAAGUAUUUUGUGAAAUUAUUUUGAUUAAACUGAACUAUGUAUAUUGAGAAAACGGUUCUAGGAUAACUUUAGAAGAAUUUGUAAAGAACAGUUGUCAAAAUAAACAGCACUGUAAACAUUG